GGAACAGACUUAUUUUUGGUGGAGUAAACAAGUUGAGAUUUGAUUUAUCGUUAUCACUGUUCUCCACUGUUCUCUGUCGUGUGGAAGUCUUUCUAUAGCUUUCUAUUUAUAAUUUGAUAAGACUACAUUAAAUUCCUGAAAUUAUUAUUCAAGAAUAGGUAGAAUUUGUGUUUAAGAUGAAUUUUGCUGGGAAAGUUGUGAUCGUGACCGGCGCGAGCUCCGGGAUUGGCGCGGCGACGGCGGUGUUCCUGUCCAAACUCGGCGCGAAGCUGUCGCUCACCGGCAGAAACGUCGAAAACUUGCAGAAGGUGAGCAAGGACUGCGAUAAGGCCGCCUCCACCUUCCUCGUUCCCGCCGACCUGACCAAGGAGAGCGACAUUGAGAACAUCGUAAAAAGCACCGUAGAUCACUAUGGACAGCUGGACGUUCUGGUCAAUAACGCCGGCAUUAUCGAAACCGGUACUAUCGAGAACACAUCUCUGGCUCAAUAUGAUCGGCUCAUGAACACUAACGUGCGCUCAAUCUACUACCUCACCAUGUUGGCAGUGCCACAUCUACUCAAAACUAAAGGUAAUAUUGUCAAUGUGUCCAGCGUCAACGGAAUACGAUCCUUCCCCGGCGUCCUCGCGUACAACGUGUCCAAGGCGUCCGUAGAUCAGUUUACCAGGUGUGUGGCACUAGAGCUGGCAGCUAAGGGAGUUAGAGUGAAUUGUGUGAACCCUGGAGUGAUCCUCACGAACCUGCAGAAGCGAGGAGGGUUGACUGAGGAGCAGUAUGCUGCCUUCCUGGAAAGGACUAAGGAGACACAUGCACUGGGUCGCCCGGGUAAGCCAGAGGAGGUAGCCGCUACUAUUGCGUUCCUGGCUAGCGACUUGGCCAGCAAUAUAACGGGAGCGAGCCUGCCUGUGGAUGGUGGUCGCCACGCCAUGUGCCCACGAUAGAUAUCAAUCAACUCUACAACUCUCAGCCAAAUGCUCCGAAUUAUUGAUAUUAUUAAGGUCUAUAAGACCUGACGAGUGCCUUAGUGUUUUAUAGUUUUAAGCAUAAUCAAGUAAUUUGGAAACUUUUAUAUUUUUGAUGUUAUCUUAUCAUGCAUUUAUAUUUCGCUUUUGUUUGUUAUAAUUAUUUCAAGAAAUUAAAUUUCUAUGUUUUUCGAAAUUUGUUUCCAAUUAAAAAAACAUAAUUUAA